AUGGUAACUCGGGUGAACCUGACGAACCCUCCAAAUACAGUGUUGGCCGGCAACAACACCACCUUUACCUGUGUGACGUCGGCCAGUAAACCACAGGCCUGUAUAAGGGCGUUCAUACAGAGUUCCGGUAAUGUCCGGGAGCUAGACAAGCGUGCCUGUAACCAAGACUCCAGCACGAUACAGACCACAACCCGGACACUGAUGUUUAGAGCAAGUGACAAGGAGAACAGAGCUAAGCUGUACUGUAACGCCUCCAACAGUGUAACGGAUCCUCCUGUACAGUCACAAGUCUACCCACUUACUGUACACUAUCCUCCACAGGAUGGCGUCAGUCUGUCAGGUUAUGUUAACAACACAGCCGUGGAGUCUGGGGAGACCCUGAACUUGACCUGUCAAGUGAGAGAGGGGAAUCCCCGACCAACACUCACCUGGUCAUCGGAGUGUGGUCAGACAAACACAGUCUCUGGUAACGAUGGACGUGAGCAGAUCAAUAUCAGUAUAACCGUCAGUCCGUCCCUGAACCAGAAGACGUGUGUGUGUCAGGGGAGUCAGGACGGGGCGUUGACAGGAUGGAGGGAGCACAAAACCAUAAUAUGCAAUGUCACUUUCGGACCUGACCGUGUACAGCUCCGGGUAGAUUCCAGAACAUCGGGAAAUACAGUCAACGUCACAGAAAACAGCACAGUGACAUUUACAUGCAACACCAGUGAGUCCAAUCCUGGUGCCGUUCUGACCUGGUACAACAACAGCAGUCCUAUGACAGCGGCAGAUAUGUCAGACGUGAGCUCACAUCAAGGGCACAAUCAAGGGUACCUGACCACACAGCGGUAUACAGUGAGAGUUAAUCGAUAUCAGGAUGGUGACGUCAUCAGUUGUGAGGCUCAGAGACCUGGUAAUAGAGGCAGGAAACGUGCAUCACCCAAUCUUACACUGGAUGUCAAGUACGGACCCAUGUUUACCAGCUGUAAAUCAUCGUACAUUUUCGUGGAGAAUGUCACAGCUGAGCUGUCCUGUACUACCUGGGCUAAGCCUGAGCCCACGAUAAGCUGGAGUCGCGGAGGUCAGUCGAAUGACCUGAGCAUGACAAAUCACAGAUAUACGUCUGUUGUCAGGUUCGGCAAGAUCAACAGGACUGUCUCUGGAGCCUACAUUGUGACAGCUAGUAAUAAUGUGAAGAGAGUAGAGAGGACAGUCAGUGUCUCUGUGUACUAUCCCCCGAAUGUAUCGGUGGUUCUGGUAUCAGGAGAAAAUGUCACAGAAGGAAACCCUCUACAGCUGGAAUGUCGUGCUGAAGCUGUUCCUCAAAACUACACCUACUCUGCCUGGAGUCGUACCAUUGGUGACCGUCCUGUACCACUGAUAAACAGCAGCCCUGGGAAAUCCCUGUCCAUCAGUGAGGUGACGUUUAGAGAUCAGGGUAUAUACCGGUGUGGAGCCACUAACGGGUUUGGAGGCAUUAAGAGGGGACAACUGGGGCUUAGGGUUCGAGCCUAUGUGAACCUCACGUGGUACAAACUGUCCAGCAACACGACCAACACGACAUCAGAAAGGCUAGUCGUAUCUAACACAACCGGGAGUAAAUUCCACAGUCACGUGAUGGAGGCUGAGCACGAGUUUCAGUUUAACGACACCAAAGUCCUGCUUUCCGGUCACGUGGCGGAACUAGAAGUCUCUGACGUUAAACGUGAUGACUUCGGGGAAUACAAAUUUGUUGCUGAAAAUGAUGUGGGAUCUUCUGAGACCAUCAUGUCUUUUAACUUAAUAGAUCGUCCGUGUCCACCUAAUUUAACAACCAUCUUAUGUGAAAACCGUGUGGCCAAUGUCACGUGGAUUUCCUGUUUCAAUGGCGGUUCCUCUCAGAUAUUCAAACUCCAGUACAAAAAGAAGGGAGGUAAUUGGGUAAUACAUGAUGAUAUAACAGACCCAGGAGAGAAUAUGACGGUGAGCGAAGUGGUGGAGAGUCUAGACGAUGGGGCUCAAUACAGCUUCAGGGUGUACGGUCAGAACAGGUGGAACAAAAGUGACACUGUAGAGACGAGUUGUACAGUUACAGUUUCUACUGUACCACCCGGUGCCUUAACCGGCCCCCUGGCAGGCGGCAUCUCUGGAGCUAUCAUUUUGAUGGGAGUUGUGCUUCUAGUUGUGGUCAUCAUCCGUAGGCGAAAGCAAGGUAAUGACAAAGCCAUUCCUCAGGAGAAACUGAGCGAUGAGUCUCCGGCAAACGAACAUGAAACCACAGCUUCUGUUGGCCAUGCGGGAGCCUAUGAAGAUGUUGAUCUGAUACCCAGCUCCUCACCCUCAGGCUCUGAUGUACCAGCUGGGUUGUAUGCUGUUGUUGACAAAAAGAAAGGCCCACCGGUCUACGCAGAGGUAAACAAGCCAGAGACGGCCCCCAAACCGACAAAAGAACAAGCAGCACCGGUUUAUGCUGAAGUAAACAAACCAAGGAAGACCGGCGAAGCUGCAAAAGCUCCAGAGGGCCCGGUGUAUGCCGAAGUGAACAAAACUCAGAAGAAAGCCAAUGAGGAAAAAGGAAAAAAACCUACGCCUGCUGACAAGACUGGUCUAAUCAAUGGCAAAAAGAAGGAUGGAAAUGGCCAAAGCUCUGCUAACACCUUUGAUAAUGCGGCUUUUACUGGGGAUGAAGUGAUGUAUUCUAACUCCGGAGAAGUUGAACGAACGGAACCAUCUGCCAGACCUGGCCAGAUGGAAGGUCCACACGACCUGAUAUACGCAGACAUGGACUUCGUGGGCACCCAACCCAUCGUGCACCCUGCUGAGAACACAACCACCUACGCCAGCAUUGCCUUUGGGCAGGUGGGACCGCCAGUUGUUUAUGACAAUGAUGAAGAGGACGGCCAUCCGAACAGUUCCUAA